UCAGCUUAACGACUCUCUCUCCCCUUUUUUUCCUCUGACCUCUCUCUAAAGGUUCGCAGCCGAGUGGGCUGCUGUCGGCGCCUCUCCGGCGACCGGCAGCAGCUCUCCGCCUCCAGUUCCAUUUUUCCAGCUUGUUUCCUGCUUUUUCUUUCUUCUUCUGCUAUUUCCACCCAUUGUGGCUUUGCUUUCAUGCAUGUGUCUUUCCCCCUUUGUGGAUUGAGUUCCUUCCCCUAUCUUGGGUUGAUUUUUGUCCCUCUGUUCUGAUGAUUCAGAUCUGGAGAUGUUGAUCUUUCUAAGAUGCAAGGAGGCUAGAUCUUGUUCAGAUCUGGCUUGUCUUCUCCUUUCCAUUCCAUAGUCUACCUCCUUGCUCUCACCUUGCAGAUCUUGGUGGUUCGGAGUUGCAUCCUUGGGCGACGGAUGCGGAUCUGGAGAAUUUGAAGAUAGAAGAUCGUCUCCCCUUUGUUUCCUUAGUCGGCCGACCGAUCGUGUGUCUGAGGUCCCAUGGUUUCGAGCAGCGGGUGGCAGACGGCCGAUUGGCUCGGGGUGGUGUUGUUUGAAGACUUGUCUUCAUCUUCCUGCCAUCCGGGUUGGUGGAAACCCCUUCCUCGGUCUGACGGACGGUGGCGAUGUCCUCGGCGAGUGACGGCGGCGCAUGGAGUCGGCUGUGUGGCGGCGGCGGUUUUCGAUCACGGAGGUGGGGAUCCAGAGGUGGGCAAUGGCGGCUAGGGUUGGGAGCUGGGAGAUUGGUUUUGGUCCAUGACUUUGGGCCCUAUUGUGGUUUCGGGUUUUUGAUGGGCCUUGUUUUCUUUUCAGAUUUUCAGCCCUUGUCUGUUUGUUGUGUGUAUCUUUUCCUUUGGGCCCAGCCCAUUGCAUUCUUAAUGAAGCACUCUUUUUUUA